AUGACAUUUACCCAGAGAUCGAACAAAGUGCUUACAAGGGCUAUCGCAGAGGAGCAUCAGAUCGCUGAGGCUAGGAAGGAUGUCCUUGAAAAGACCGGAAGAGCGUUGCACCUUGACUUGCACUUCUCAGCGUCGUUGCGUGUCGACGAAGAGCACAUCCUGUCAGCAUGUUUCGAGUUGAUCCAGGAAAGUAGUGCUGCAGACUACAAGGCAUCGGAAAUAAAAUGGUCUCCAAGCAGCAAACGAAAGGAGAUGUUGCUACCGGACAUGAGAUAUCUUAUCCUCUCUGGUGAAGACAAAGCGUUUGAGCCUAAUUGCAAAAGUGACAAGGCAAUCCUUGGUUUCGUGUCGUUCAUGAUCACUUACGAGGACGGUCACGAGGUGAUCUACGUGUACGAAAUACACCUUGCAAAAGAGCUGAGAGGCCAAGGAGUGGGCAAGGUACUCAUGGAACUGGUCGAAAGAAUUGGUAGUAAGAUCAAAGUCGAAAAGUGCAUGUUGACUGUCUUCAAGUCCAAUAAGCAGGCUGUUCGAUGGUACGAACGCUUAGGAUACGACGUUGAUGUAUUCAGUCCAGGACCUCGACUUCUUCGCAAUGGUACUGUAAAAGAGCCAGGCUAUCUGAUUCUAUCGAAGUCAUCCGAUCAAGAUGACGACUGA